AUGCAGCGCCGCAAACACAGCAGCCAAACGCUGGGCUUCACUGCUCUCUUGGUCCUUACGACCAUACAGGUGAUUGGUGUCGAUUCCUUGCCUUCAGGUGUAAGUGCACUAGCAAAUGUCGGAGCUGGUACUCUUCUAAGGAACAGGAGGAGUCCCAGAAGUGUCGAAGAACACGUGAUUAUCAACAAGCAGCCACCAAAGCAGCUCACGAUCGUCGGCAAGGGAAGCCCAAACACAAACACACAUGACAAAGACGAAAAAAGCUACGUUCUUCGUACCGUGGUUGGUAGCGCGUUAGGGUCAUCCAACGAUCAAAAGGCGGCUCUGAGGAAAGCCAUAUUAGACAUUAUCAAAAAGGAGGACGCUGCUCGAGAUCAAGGCAGCGCAACUCUGACUCAUAUGCGCAAGUCGACGCGGGUAAAGAGCAAAAGCGUUAUUACUGUCUGAUAAGUACUGGAUUCCACUACUAUGAGAAGCUGACUGUGGUUCAAGAUUAAACUUAAAUAUCAGUUGUGGAUCCAGCUGCUCCAUCCACGCUUCUGAGUCGUUCUUCAUACACCAGUGACGCUCGCAGGAGAGCCGCAACCAUCCUGCCGGCCAGUAUCCUGCUAAACUACGUGACCAGCAGAAGUGUCAGUGCUGGUGUCGAUUUCUGCACUCCCCUUAAAUCCUAUGUAAGAUACCACGCGGUGGAUGUGAUAAUCUAAAGUACCGCAUAAAACUGCCAGUUUUGCUACUCUCUUUCAGAAACUGUUUGGAAGUAGUAAAGUGCAGGAGCCUAUCACUCCAUUAUCUUUUGUGCUCUGCACCACCUUUACUAGCAGCAUAGACUGCUAUUUUAUGGGACACUCGUAUCACGAAUCCACUUCCUAUAUCUC